UCUCAGGGUCUGCGGCGUUAAACCCCUGUGCGUUCUGUUUAAUCGUAUCACUGGCACCUGUUUCCCUCACUCUGUCAUCAUUUAAUUCGGAAUUUCAAUCAGCGCGGGUCGCGGAGUCAUUACGUGUUCAGAAUGAUUCGUCUCGCAGCGUCACUUGGUUGUGCCAGCGAUGCUCUGUUGGAAUUCCUGUUGUAGAACCUCCCGUUUCCGUCUCUCCCUGGGAGUCUGCUGGGUGCCAGUGCUGACCGCGACGGAGUCUGCCGUCCCUCCACACCUGGGUUCAGUCGUUGCCAGCGUCCACCGUGACAGUCUGCUGUUCCCCCGCAACAGAUGGUUAAAUAAUGUCAGUUGGAGUGUAGAAUUCUUGUGACUUCAUUUUGGAUUGAAGCCAAAUAAGCAAAUUCCCGGACCUCCUCCAGUUUGUAGAAAAUACUCCGGUGUAAAACAGCACAUGGGAGUUGCGACUACAAAAUGUCCAACUCGGGGAAGGCCGUUCUAAUCAAACCCUCACUGACUGAGGCCCAGGUGGUGGAGAUCGUUGGUAGAUUGUACUGUCUGAAGGUCUCAGAAGUCCAACCAUUGCCCAGCUACGAUGACCAGAACUUUCACAUCCUGGUAUCUGAGACGCAGGCAAGCGAGCAUCCGAGGAGGAGCUACGUUUUCAAAGUGAUGAACACGGCCGCUAGCCGAAACGUAGAUUUAGUGGAAGCACAAACACGUGCCAUGAUGCUUUUGAACCAGAAAGGAUUUCCCUCCCCAACACCCAUCUCAACCACAGAUGGCAGGAUUAUGUCACUGGAGACGAUUAUGCAGGGGAAUGUCUGCAAGCAACAUGUGGUCAGGCUGCUCAACUACCUGCCUGGAAUCCCACUUGCCAAGUUCUCCUUGGAUCAUCGGAUGUACUACAAACUUGGCAGGUUUGUUGCUCAAAUGGACAAGGUGCUUCAUGAGGAUUUCAGUCAUCCAACCAUGAAGAGUCUGCAUCAAGACCAAUUUAUAUGGAGCCUUUCAAAUACUCAUCUCCUGGAAAGGUACCUGCAUGAAAUGGAGGAGGGUGAAACACAACAGAUUAUACAGCAGGUUAUUCAACAGUUCAAGGAAAAGAUCCGUCCCAACCUGGACAAGUUUCAGAAAGGCUUUAUUCAUGGUGACUGCAAUGACUACAACAUUCUGCUGGAGCCCGUGAAUCAGCUGGCUGAUCAGAUGGUUGAGAAAAUGGAAAAGAUUUCCCCAGAGCCAGAGUUACAGAUUUCAGGAAUCCUGGAUUUUGGUGACAUGAGCUAUGGUUGUUUUGUAUAUGAGUUGGUGAUAACCAUCACCUAUCUCAUGAUUGAGAGAGAAAGCCCUCUUGCUAUUUGUGGUCAUGUCAUUGCUGGCUUUGAGAGUGUAAUCCCGCUGAUGGAGGAAGAGAAAGGAGCACUGUUUCUGUUGGUGCUCUGUCGGUUUUGUCAGAUGCUGGUGGUGGCCAGGCACAGUGUGCUCCUGCAUCCAGAGGAUGAGGAUUACCUCACUACCCAUUCCAAGAAUGGCUGGAAAUGCCUGCGCUUAUUAUGGAGAGCAGGUAAAGAGGCAGUGGAGAAGAUCUGGUUUGAUAUAGCCAAAUCCUAUCAGCAAUAACCCAAGUGCAGUUUGCACACAUGUACUCACACUCAUGGACACACUCACACUCAUGGACGCGCAUGCACGCACAUACACACACACACACACACACACACACACACACACACACACACAGAACAAAACAAAUACAAGGAAUUCAGUGGGUCAGCAGCAUCUGUGGGAGUGGCUGGGAUCUAUGGAAAAAUGUAAUUUCAGAAUUAAACUUUAUUCAAUAUCGUCGAAAGAAGAACAAAAUGCAAAACUCUUUAUGUUCUUAUUGGUGCUCGGUCUACAUAUUCAGUGUUUCUGGUUCUAUACCUAGUAGUGUCGACACAUCUUCAUUUUGUACUGAGCACUAUUGCCAGUCAGGCUGCACCCUUCCAUUGUUUGAGGGACUUCCUCACCAAACUCAGUGCCUUAGUGAUCAGUAGCAGAAGGAGCCCAGACUGUGAUCCUUCCCCAAAGAGCCUUUGCAUUUUCUGUAUGAAACUUCAGGGCAUCCCUUAGUACGUACUCCUGCAGCCUGGAAUGUGCCAGUCAGCAUCAUUUCUUUACAGACAUCUCACUGUGCUGGGAGACCAACAACUGUUGGGCAGAGCACAAGGUGACAUUCGCCAAGUUAAUGAUCUUCUAGCAGCACUAGAUGUCUGCCUCUAUGUGUGCCCUUAGGAAUAGUCCUAGAUCAGAGAGUCCUCUGUAGCAUAGCUGCUGUGGGUGAACUGAUACAAGGAGACUUAUACCCUUCCCUACACCUCUUUACCUGCAAAGAGGUGGACAACCAUCUCCUCCCCAUUGCAAUAUGUGUUGGGAGUGAUUUUCUGACUGUACUGGAAAGCUCUGAUGAGGAGAGCCCCUAUCGCCACCAGCCAAGCAAGGGUUCAGUGCUUGGUGAGUUGUGCUGAUGAGUCAUUUUGCCAGAUGAUUUGCACAGUUCACUCGGGGAAGCACCCCACAUGGAGUCAGGAGGGGGAUGAAAGGUGGAAAUAGUAACAGAGUCUGGGAGGUGAUUAAUUGAGACAACAAAGAGCUGCAGCUGAUGGAAUCUGAUUAAGAAAAGAAAGUGAGCUGCUAACAUUAAAAAAAACCUUAAAGGUCCAGAAGUUUAUUGCACCUUCUCUGUCAUUCGAAACUUCUUUAAGGAGUUUUAUUAAAGUUACAUUUUCUUCCAACAUUUCUCGUCUUAGUUCCAUUUAACAUUUAGCAAAAGAAACCUAGGACAGGAGAAGGCCAUUAGACUACAGCUGUCUACUCCACAAGCCCUAAUUCAUCGUAAACACUCCUGAGACCUUUUAAUAACGGCUAAAUCAGUAAGUAGUUUCCUCCAUUGACACCUUAGACAUGCUGAGCAGAUUGAGCUGACUUUUAAUCACAUCAGGAUGUCAGGAUGUUCAAUCAUCUCAUGUAAAUGUUCCAUGCCUGCAUUUCUAUCUCUGGACAUUCCUAUUAAGAUCAUUGUGUUCUAUGGGAUAAUGUUCCAUGUAUGCACACGUCACAAUGUACCGUGCACUGUAUGUACAUGUCACAAUGUACCAUGACAAAACUUUCAUUGAUUUUGUGCUGUAAUUCAACAAUCUGUAUCAAAAUACUUUGUGACCGAACCUCCUGAGUUUAUCUGUUGUAUCUGAAUGUCCUGUAAUUAAAUACUUUGUGACUGGAUGUCUUGUGUUUCAGUGUGCCAUAU